AUGAAUCAGAACCAGUAUCAAACACCUCUUGCCAUGGAUAAGCAGUUAGACGUCUUACGCUGUCAUGCAGAUGGCGGCCUGUUGCUAGGGGCAUCAUGCAUGACAGGCCGAUACUGGCUGGGGUCUCUUUGGUUUUAUCAGACCCCAGAAGCAGCUCCAAAUGUGGACAAAUGCACGGCUGGAGUGCAACUAGAGGCGGGUAUAUGUGACUGCGAAUGGAUCGACAGGACACACAUCAUUGUUGGUUUAGACACAGGAGGUAUAGCAGUAUGGAACUUGGAGGAUGACUACCACACAUUUGUACUAUCACAUGCUGCAGCCGGACAUGAUGACGUUGUCACCAGCGUGUCAGUUGUCUGUGACAAGACUAAGGCAGCUUCCAGUGGUAUUGACAGAUG